AUGCUUCGCGUUUUCCGUCUUGCGUCGCGUUCACUACACACAAAACCUAAAGCAAGCGGGCUUCUAGACGAGCUCAGAGCAAGAGGGCUCAUUAACGAUGUGACUGCGCCAGACUAUCUCCAGGCUUCCCUCGAAAGAAAUUCGCAGACAGUCUAUGCGGGGAUAGACCCAACCGCCCCAGCCCUCCAUGUCGGCCAUCUUCUUCCACUCGUGUGUUUACUUCAGUUCCACAUCCAUGGACACAACAUCAUACCUCUGAUUGGCGGCGCAACUGGCCUCAUUGGAGAUCCUUCAGGCCGAACCAUCGAACGCGAAACUGCUGAGGAGGAGACAACACUAAGAAACACCAACUCCCUGAUCAGACAUGUUGAAACCUUCUUCCAACGCGCUUUACUUUACGCAGCUGACCGCGUUGACCUACCUUCGAAUCUCGUCAGAACGCGGUUAGAAUCAAAGCAGGGCAUCUCCUUCACCGAGUUCACAUACCAACUGCUGCAGGCGUACGACUUCUAUCAUCUUCACAAGCACUUUGGGUGCUCAAUCCAACUCGGUGGCUCUGACCAGUGGGGAAACAUACUCGGCGGCAUAUCCCUCAUUGGCAAAAUCAAUGCGACUAAUCCCGAUGACCCUCCUUCUGCGUUUGGCUUGACAACUCCUUUGCUAACGACCUCCACUGGCGCCAAAUUCGGCAAGUCGGCAGGCAAUGCCGUUUGGAUGGAUCCACAGCUUACCAGCGUCUUCAAUUUUUAUCAAUAUUUUGUCAAAGCUACGGAUGCGGAAGUCGAAGGUUACAUGAAACUGUUGACCCUAAUGUCGCUCGACGACAUCCAUAAGACGAUGGAAGCACAUCAGGCAUCCCCAGAACAACGAAUAGCCCAGAAAGUGCUCGCCGGCGAGCUAACAGAGCUUGUUCACUCCAAAUCUGGGCGGUCCAACGCGGAGACGAUGACGAAAAUCAUGUUCGAAACGGACUUGCAUGACCUCAAGGCCGCAAAGGUCAUUGAUGCCUUCAAAGACAAUGGCAACGUGCAUUAUGUGUCUUUCGGCGACCUCCAAAACACACCCAUCGUCAAACUCGCUUCCAAAUACGGUCUUGCGUCUUCAACUUCUGCAGCUCGAGCUCUCGUGCUUGCUCGGGGAUUAUACUCGAACAAUGUGCCAGUUGGGGAAACAUCACGCACGCUGACUAAUUCAGAUCUCAUCGACGACCAAGUCGUCGUUCUGAAGGCAGGAAAAGACAGGACAGUGAUCCUGGCCCUAGAAAAAUAA